ACUUCGCAAGAACAAAAACAUUAUAUUGAUCGAAUAACUAUCUAUACGUUUGCGUUUACUAGUUGCCUAUCAAAAAUCUUACAAUAUGGCUGAGAAAUUAUCCGAACAACAAAUAGCUGAAUUCAAGGAAGCCUUCUCCUUGUUUGACAAAGACAGUGAUGGAAAGAUCACCACCAAAGAAUUGGGUACUGUAAUGAGAUCUUUGGGACAAAACCCAUCAGAAAGUGAAUUGACUGAUAUGAUAAACGAAGUUGACAUAAACAAUGAUGGAUCAAUUGAUUUCCCAGAGUUUUUGACUAUGAUGGCCAGAAAGAUGAAGGAUACCGACUCUGAAGCUGAAAUUGCUGAGGCAUUCAAGGUAUUUGACAGAAAUGGUGAUGGUAAGAUUUCUUCCGCUGAAUUGAGACAUGUUUUGACCUCAAUUGGUGAAAAGUUGUCUGAUGCCGAUGUCGACCAAAUGAUAAGAGAAGCUGACACCAAUAAUGAUGGUGAAAUCGAUAUUCAAGAAUUCACCAAAUUGUUGUCUGCCAAUUAAUUGUGAAAAUUCAUUUCUCUAACUAUGCAGUAUUUUCUGUAUGGAUGGAUAUUCUGAUAAAUUUAGUGUUAAUAAUAAACAUAUCCAUUAUUUAUGUUAUGUACUUAUCUAUUGUUUCAACGAAUUAAAUCUGCUGACUCUAACUGAUGAUCUUUGUCUGAAUAAUUGCGAAGGGGUCGAAGAAACUCUCUUUCUUGGAUACGCCCUUCUGUCUCCAGCAUUCUGGUAGAAACUGUCUUGUUCUUCUUGUUCACCAUCCUCAUCUUCUUCGAAUAUAGCACUUUCUUGAUCGAAGGUGAUUUCAUUCAAAUCUCGGUUAAUCAUGUAUCUCAAGGCAUUGAACCAAACAUUGUGUCUUCUUCUGUUAGAACAAGUGAACUUGAUGGAUCUCGUUUGAGAAUGAACAACAAUACUCUUAUGGUAUAAACCAGUAGGUAAUGGGUUAUUGUCAUCUACACUUUCCACGCUGACAAUUGCUGCAGCUCUGGUUUUAGCAGGACUAGGAUUGGAUAAGGAAGGAUUGACUGUCGACCAAUAGAGUGUCAACGAAUAUGGAUGGACCCAGAAGUAUCUCUCGUGACGGCUUUCACGAAUAGACGUGAAUGGUCCCAAUCUCCGGUGAUACUUCCAUACGAAUUCACCAAUUACCACUUGAGUGAUGGCAGGGAUCAUCGACCUGUCAGUUAGCGAAACAUUGGUAGCCAUGGAAAGUAUGCCUGUAGUGUUUACGGUAUCAGUGAAACUGUGGGCAUUGGAAUGAAUUGAUAAGUUUGAUCUCGACAUGUGUGGUUGAUGAGCCAUGCUCUUCGAACCUGGUGAGGUGAUGGUGGAGGUACGCACUGGCGUAGCGAACCUGGCAACCAGAGCUAUUUCUGGGCUUGCCUUCAGUGAAGGAGUGGGUGACUCAACGUCACUGGUAAUAGUAGGAGGAACCAAUAUAUCAUCUUCGUGGACAUAACCACGCUUCUCUGCAUUCUUCUUGAAGACUUCAUCCGAAACCUUUUCAAUAUUCAAGCCUUCAUUUCUUAACAACUUGGUGUAAUAGGAAGUAGGGAUAGCUGUCACCUUUGAGGUGUCAGGUUCUCUCAUGGCAGUAGUAGGAAUGAAAGCAUUACCUGGUAAUACAAGGUACCCCAAGGCCUUUCCAGCUUUUGAAAAGUUAGCCGAAUUGCUGACAAUCUCCUUGGAAGCUUGAAGUGUUUCAAGGUCUCUUUUUGAAAUGGGAACUAACCCAAACUGUGCAGCGACAGUACUGAUUUGGUCACCAGUAAUGUUCUCAAUCUGAGACUUCUUGAGCUGCUCAUACUCUUCUCUAGUUAAGGAGAAUAAUCCUAAUUCAGCCAGUUUUG